CAGCAAAGCAACCUUCUUUUUUUUUUUUUUCCAAAUCUCAUUGCAUUGCUGGCCUAUAGACUUGUUGUCCUCGAUUCGGACGUUCAUAUAGAUAUAUUCUGUCAGGCUGCCGCUGCCUCGUCUCCAACAUCCGUUGCAAGCUUACCGCCCGCUGCUGCCCAGUGCGGUGGGCUCCCCGCUGUCUCUCCGCUAGCCACUCCCCAUCGACGAGACACCGUUCCAUCGCGGGGAGCCAAAGUUAUUUGCUGGAUCCGUAUGGGUGACUUGAUUCUGGGAGUUCCCGAGUCUCUUCCAUCUGUGAAAGAGCAACUUUUGCGUUGCGCGGUGCUGCGUCGAUAAAUCAAUCAUCAUGGUGCCUCCACAGCGGCCAGGCAAGACCGCUCCCCGGUUGGCGGAGGACAUUCGGCUAUACGAUCCUGUGCAUCUUCCAGGUACUGGCCUCAACCUAUUGUCACAGGUACCACCGGUACACCCAGAGGAUAGCGACAAGACCUCUGACUUUGUCUCGCCUCAUGCUUGUCGACACACAUAUGUAACCAAGGAGAACCAAACAUACCUGGCAAAGGCCGAGCAAAAACGAAGGCCGGGAACAUCGUCAAAGCUAUCGGCUAUCUGCUCGAAAUGUCGCUACCACUUGCAGGUGGUAGUGAAUUACACCACCGGUGGCAAUGCAUUCGCUCUGGCUAAGCCGACAGAUCACUUGCACCACCUUGUGUACAAAUCGGGUAGACAGCAGGGUAGUCAAAUGGCGGAAGAGGUGACUGAGAAAGGGCAGGUGGUAGAGACCUACCAUUACCAGUGCUCACAUCUCUCUUGCUCAGCAAUGGUCUCACUCCGAAUUAUGUCGCCUCUUAUCACUCUGCAUCGUUUGGAGCUACUGAGUAAUCCGGGUUUGAUUCGUGAACGAGCAGAAGAAGCAAUUGCGGCUCAACCAGAGCGACUCGAGGGCAUGGCCAUUCCGGCGCCUGUCACCGUCUUGGAUAACCUGCGCCUUUACCUCCACAACGCUCUUCACACCCAUGAGCGUAGUAAGGCAAUUUCGUCCGCUAAUAAGAGGUUCAUGCUAUCGUUCGGACUUGAGGGAACCGCAUGUAAAGACGUCUUGGAAUUCUUGGGGUUUUCGUAUGACGCUGAAGCUGGGAGCUGGCAGCCACCGUGCCCCAACCCUUGGACAGCAAAGCCCUACCAGGACGCAGAGCGGGUCUUCCUCGACGACAUCAUCCACGAACUACUUUGCUUGUUACAUCAGAGACCCGCUUCAGAAAAAAGAGGUGUCAACUUCCCCGUACUUCCCCCCUUGUCAACAAAUGACCUCUCUUAUGCACUGGAGGCCGACGAUUAUCCGAAAGCUGCACGUGCCCACGAAUUUGCGAUGCCGCCUGCUCCGUUCUAUGAGGAUCUCGGUGUCACCGAGGACAUGGCAGCCUCGGCGAUUAUUGAAGCAUACAAUCGACAAGUUUCGCUUGACCCGGGACGAGCGCCGCUGUAUUUGCAAUGUCUGAAAGCGAUUGCCACACUGCGAGGUGGAGAAGACUAUGAGAUUAUCGAGCCGGCUGUAGCACUCGCUUACUCCGAAGGCAAAUACACGGAUGAUGAUCUUGUUGACUCGUACAGAUACUUUGGGCUGUGGUAUAAUGAUUACAGUCUAGAUGCGGAUGCCAUCAUUGGAAAAUUCUACGCUUAUCUCAGUUCGACUUCGCCAGAGAGAGAGAACGAGACCCGCCGGCACCUGUGGCGAAUUGGUGCUAGCAGAAGCAGUGAGCGCAUCAAGGCCGUUUCUGAAGCCCGAGUCUCCACUGUUGAGCAGGCCCAAGUGUUCUUGGGUGUCGAGGAUAACACUCCGGAUGAUUUCAUCAUCACCAUGUACACUACAAAAAUCAACGAUAAUCCGUCAUGCAAAGAACUCGCCAAUCGCGCUCUCAAGCUUAUCGCCGAAAGCCGCAAUUCCAAUAUGCUGAAUCACUACCGGGCCACCGGGGAGACUCUUGCAGCAGAAAUGGAUAUCGGCGACGCCUACCGCUUGCUGCAGAUUCCAGAUCGCACUGCCGAUGACGGCGCCAUCAUGGCAGCCUACACGAUCUGCGUCGACGAGAACCCAGACCAAGCCGAGGUCUACAACCGCGCUUUGACGAUUAUUGCGAAAAAUAUGGAUAGUCCGAUGUUGCGUAACAUGGCUGGUAUCUCGAGCGAGCCAGAUCGCAACCUGUUGGAAUGGCCGGUCGGUCUGCAGAAUAUCGGCAACACAUGCUAUCUGAACAGUCUUCUCCAGUUCUAUUUCUCAGUUCGUCCAUUUCGCGACAUGGUCAUGCAUUUUGAGAAAUAUCAAAUGGAUGUGAAUGACGAAUCGAGUAUGGCUCGAAAGCAGGUCGGCUCACGCAAAGUGGCCAAGAAGGAAGUAGAGCGGUCACUCAAAUUUCUUGGUGAGCUCCGCGGUUUAUUUGACAGUAUGAUCACGUCGACACAGUCUUCGGUCACUCCCGGCCAAGAGCUGGCUCGUCUGACUUUGAUCAGCCCGGGAGGCGAAGCUGCAAUCCGUCGAAGGUCAACCUUUUCGAAAUCUCAGACGCUCGGCGACGUCGACGGAAGACCUAUUUUGGGGCCUCUUGGACCUCCUCGCCCGAUUGCUGAAGAGCAAAGCGAAGAGCAAAUCGUUCCACAAAACGGAACACCGGUCUCAAAGGCCUCUAAUCCCAGUGAUAUCGGCAGCGAUGCUACACUCGUUUCGGAGGCAAUUCCCAUCGCAGCAUCUGCGCAGGAGGAUAGAACGGGUGGCCCACUUUCUCCGCCAGCAUCAGAUACCGAUGGGGAUGCAUUCGAGAAAGCCCCCACCCCACUGUCUCCCGAACCUCCUGGCAACCCGCCACCGGUACCUCCACGUCCGAUCCCGGAAGUCGAUCGCCAGAAGCAGUUGAUUGAAGAGGUGGAGAUUGGUGCUCAGCAAGACGUCACGGAAGUGAUCAACAAUGUUCUCUUCCAGAGCCAGUGUGCUAUUAAGCCGCUGAGAAUUGACAGUGAUGGGGAACAGGUCGAUCAAAUCAAAGACCUCUUCUAUGGUCGAACCCGAUCUUAUAUCACCACUGCUGGAGGUACCCGAUCCAAAGAGGAACGGUGGUGCGAUAUCAAGGUCGAUGUAGCGGGCGGGUCGCGUGAUAUCUACGCAGCCAUUGAUGGCGCGUUCGAUGUGCAAAAGAUCAGCGUUGAAAACGGAGAGGCUGAACAGUACGGAGCUAUCACCACUAUUCCUCCGAUCCUGCAAAUUCAGGUGCAGCGUGUUCAAUUCGAUCCGGUGAAGAAGAGCUCUUUCAAAUCCACCCACCACCUGGACUUGCUGCAGAACAUCUACCUUGACCGGUACAUGGAUACCACUAAGCCGGAGAUUAUGAAUCGUCGCUAUCAGUGUUGGGAAUGGAAGAGCAAGCUCAAGUUGCUCGAAGCUCGUCGAGCGGAGCUGUUACGAAAGCAGGAGGAUGAUCAUCUUGAGAUGACUGAGCUUUUCCGUCACACUAAAACUGUACUUGAGGAUGUUGCAGCUAUUGAGGGCGAUAGCAGUCUGGACAUCAAAGCGGAGCUUCUCAAUGAGCUUGACCAGCUCUGCCAAACCGUGCAAAGCGAGCUCCAAUCCGUCGAUCAAGACAUCCAGAACAUUCACGACAUGCUUUCCAAGCAAUUCUCCGAGUUCACCAAGCUUCCAUACCGAUUGUACGCCGUCUUCGUGCACCACGGUUCCGUCUCGUUUGGGCACUACUGGAUCUACAUCCACGACUUCCGCAAGGACGUCUGGCGCAAGUACAAUGAUGAAUAUGUGACCGAGGUCCAGAACCUGGACGAAAUCUUCAAGAAUACCGACACCAAAAACCCACCUACUCCCUACUUCCUCGUCUACAUCAAUGACACGAUGAAAGAUCGCCUCGUUGAUCCUGUCUGUCGCGACAUUCCCGAAUGGCAGACUGACGCGGUGACUGAGGACACCGAGGAAAUCACUGCUAUGGAGGACAUUCAGUCGCCAGGCAUUACUGAAGAUGUUGACAUGGAACCACCAUCCUAUCAAGAAGCAUCGACAGAUCAGGCCACGUUGACCACCGAAUCACCUUGGCCUACAGCCACGGAGGAGAAGCAGGCCUACCAACAUUGACACUCUGAAGAAAGACGAAUCGCAAUGCUGGAAACUCGUACUGUUUGUUCCACGAAGACAGGAGGCUGCAUUCCCCAAGGCGAGUAUGUACGGCCUUUCCCGAACUUUCCACGCUGAUACCCGUCGGCGAUUUCACGGCGCUUCACUCCACCGUUCUAUUCUUCCUUCCGUCUCAUCCUGCCACACCCGUGCUAUGUCUUUUGAUAUUCUUGCAUGAGCGAGAGGAACAAUUUCUGUCAGUGUACAUAAGCAGAAGAUACCAUGAAUGACCGAUCAUGUUGAUGAUAUUUG